AUGGACAGUGCGACUGUAUUAAAAAGCACUACUCCUCCUUUGCUUUCCAUUGAAGGCUUUGCUGAGUCUAGCUUCUAUAAAAUCGAAAAGUAUCUGGCGGGAGGAACAAUUCCGCUUCUCCUCAAAUACGACUACAGUGGGGCACUAUUAUUUCCAGUAAUAUUAGUUCUCCAUUCAUAUAUUAACGGUGGAUUCAGGCACGGUGCUCUAGAAAUUCCAUUGGCCUUUCUGGUGCUGUACGCGCCGCACCUUGACCCCAACCAAGCCGUCCGCACAGCCUAUCUCCGAAAUUCCAUGUCGUUUCCAAGGUCUAGCGAACACCCAUUUCUUAUACUUGACCCACACCCCUCUGUUUCCAUUCGAAGAAUUAUUCUAAAGUGCACACGUCUCCUGUUUCCGUUAAAGCCAACCCCAACGGACAUGUCUUCCCUGAUGUUCACGAGAAUGCUUCUAGCAUCAACGAUGUUAGGCGCUGCGACUCAUCUUGCUAUAUUCAUUCGUGGAGAGUGGCACAUGCAAGCACCAUUGUUAAAUGUUUCUAUUACCACCGGAUCACUAUCCAUAUGUUACGCUCUCGGGUUAUUCACUAGCAUUUCCAUCUAUCGUAGAUACUUUCAUCAACUCCGACACUUUCCGGGACCUUGGGCAGCGGCUAUUACGAAGUUCUGGCAUAUCUGGAAGUGCCGGGCUGGGAAGAAUUACCUCGUCAUAGAGGAAUUACACAAGAAAUAUGGACCUUUCAUCGGGACUAGCCUAGGAGAGCUCACUAUUGUUGAUCCAUCGGUACCGCCUGCCGUCGACGGACCUAAGAAUAACCGCACCAAAGCCGACAACGGCUUCAGCACGAAGGCCCUUUCUACCUACAAAGAGCGGGUCAUUGAAUAUGCGGACACUCUUACCCGAAGAAUUGAGCAGCUGGCCUAA